AUGAUCGCGGAUUAUCUGGGCCGCGCGCAAAUGCUUGACGAGGCUCUCGUUCAGGCUGGCAGACCGCUCUCUUUAAUGGAGCAAAAUUUAUAUGUGUUCCGCGGGCUCAGACCGGAACUCAAAGCGAUCGCGGCCUCUCUCACUGCUUCCGGGAAUCCGGUAACGCUCGCUCACUUAUCUGACCAUUUGCAGGCACACGAGUUUAUACUCGUAGAUGAUUACCCCUCGGCGGUUGAGCCCGGUGUUCUGGCGACCGCGAUGUAUGCUGGCCGAGCACCGAACAAUAGCGGCAGGCAGACACAGAACCACCGUGGGCGCGGUGGUCGAGGAGGACAGGGACGUGGCAGACGUGGCGGCCGUAACGGGAAUCCGAGGUGCCAAAUUUGCCGUUCGCAUGGCCAUACGGCUGUGUACUGCUUUAAACGAUACAGUACAUAG